CCCAUACUCACACACACAAAAAAGAAAAGAAGGAAAUCUUAUCUUCAUAGUUUAUACAGACAGUGCAUAACUUGUUAAACCUAACACUUGUAUAUGCCUUACUGUAAAGAUAGAGUACUGACGUUUUUGUAAUUAUUUGCUAUUCCUAUUUAUCUUAGCUGGAUCACUGUUCUUGUAUGAUCGAAAAACACUUCGUUAUUUUCGCAAGGAUGGUCAUAGGUGGAGGAAGAAAAAAGAUGGGAAAACUUUUAGAGAAGCUCAUGAAAAGUUGAAGGCUGGUAAUGUUGAUGUCCUGAAUUGUUACUAUGCUCAUGGGGAGGAUAAUGAGAACUUUCAAAGGAGAAGUUAUUGGAUGCUUGAUGAGCAGUUAGAGCACAUUGUUCUUGUACAUUAUCGUCAUAUUAAAGAGGGUUACAAGUCCGGCGUCUCACAUUCCCCUGCAGCUCCUGUAUCCUUGGUUGGUAGCUCUCGAACAAGUUCAGCGCCUUCCUCUGUCAAAAUAGAGUCACCUAUAUCUGUAUUUCAAACAUCUGUUUCAUCAACUGCAAAUGAAGUUGAGCAGGCUGGACGAGCUUCAGUGUGUGAUGAUCGGCACUCAGAGAAUGGUCCUCAAGUCUUGUCUCAUGCUCGGCCUAUUGACACUUCAAUUCCUCACAAUGCACGGCUGCUUGGACAUGAAGCCACUGGUUUUGCUGAGUUGAUGAGGGACCCUCUUAUUUCAUGGUCAUCUUCUCUCCCUAGCUUUUAUCCUGGCUCUGGCUUAUCAUCAUGUGCAACAAUAGAGAACACUAGUAGAACCACAGUUGAUAUGAAUGAUGGAGAACUUCAUGUAGAAGCAGAUCCCAUAAAUCAGCAUGUUCAAAAUUUCAGAGAUAGGCUCAUGACUGAUGUGUGCAUACAGCCAGUUACAGGAAUGUUACAUGCUGUAAAUCAGGUGCAAAAGGAGCAUGAUUUAGUUUCAUUGCGUACCCAAUUCCAUCAUCAUCAUCCUGUUUUAGCUACAAAGAACGUAGUUGAACAAAAAUUCCAAGAUGGUGGUUUGGACAAUGAUGACCCACAAAAUGUUGAAUCUGGGGAACUGAAGAAGCUUGAUUGUUUUGGAUGGUGGAUGGAUAAGGAGAUAGGUUGAGAUUGUAACAAUUCCUUGAUGGCUUCAGUUUCUGGCAAUUACUGGAAAUCACUUGAUGCUAAUAAUGAGGAUAAGGAGGUAUCUAGUUUGCGCGGCAUGCACUUGGAUAUGGACUCAUUAAGUCCCUAUCUUUCCCAAGAACAACUGUUUAGUAUCAUUGACUUUGCUCCAGAUUGGGCAUAUGCUGGGGUUAGAACAAAGAGAGGAAACUGUGAUUGCACUAGUCAAAUUAGGUGCAAUCCCAGGUCUUGUUGAUGACCCAACAUCAGCAUUUCCUCGAGGGGAAACAGCAGCUGAUUUAGCUUCAAGUAGAGGAUAUAAAGGUAUUGCUGGAUAUCUGGCUGAGGCAGAUCUUGUAAGUCAAUUGUCUAGAUUAACUGUUAAUGAAAAUGAGAAGGACAACAUUCCACAAACUUAGCAACUGACAAUGCAUUUGAAUGUGCUGAUACUGAUUCAUCAAAGAUGACAAUGGAUGAGCAGCACUAUCUAGGAGAGUCACUUGCUGCUUUUCAAAAAUCAGCUUAUGCUGCUGCUUCAAUCCAAGCAGCCUUUAGAGCAAGAUCAUUCUGUCAAAGACAACUAGCCAAGAAUAGCAGUGAUAUUUCUGAAGAUGCACUUGACCAAGUUGCUGAUUCUUUGAACAAGGUUUAGAAGAUGGGUCAUUUUGAUGAUUAUCUGCAUUCUGCAGCUUCAAAGAUUCAAAAGAGAUACCAUGGGUGGAAGGGAAGAAAAGAUUUUUCGAGAAUACGCACCGGCAUUGUAAAAAUUCAGGCUCAUGUUAGAGGUCACCAAGUUCGAAAGCAGUAGAAAAUAGUUGUUUGGUCUGUUGGCAUCGUGGAAAAGGCAAUACUGCGUUGGAGGCGGAAAGGAGUUGGUCUGAGAGGAUUCCGGGUUGUGCAGUCGGCUUGCACUGUGGCUGGAAAUCCUGAGAAAAAUUGAUGAAUAUGAAUUUCUUAGCAUUGGCAGGAGACAGAAAUCAGCUGAUGUGAACAAAGCUCUGGAUAGAGUAAAGUCUAUGGUUCGCAAUCCAGAGGCCCGUCAUCAGUACAUGAAGCUUGUCAUGAAAUCUCAAAAUUUUAAGGUGCUGUGGUCCUAUCUAUUUUCUUUCCCUGGGUAAUAUUUUUGGCCCACUAAAUAUAUAAUCAGUUUUCCUUGAUUAAAAGCAAAUCAGAUUGGAACAGACUGGUGAUGGUGGUAGCAGUCAACCACAGCCUGUUGAGUAGUAUUUGACAGGAAUGGCGAAGAGUAACAGUGACUUACUUUGGAUGAUAGUUUAAGUCCUACGAGUAAAACUGUAAAAUAAGUAACAUCUAACAUAGUUUUAUUAUGGAAAUUCUGUAAAUUAGAAAUAUAAAAGAUAAUUCAGGAAAGCAAGGGGAAAUGUAUAUACAAUACAGAUGUCCUUUUUGUUCCCCGUUUUAGGCAUGUAGAAGACAGUUCUAUUUGCAAUAUAAUUGACUUAAUGUUCAACUACAAGGAGAAAGACAAUUAGGGAAAAAUCCUUUUAA